AUGUCAUUCAACAAUAAUCAAAUUUCUCCCCAAAUUCUUAGUCAAAUUCCUAAUCAACCUGGCUGUUAUUUAUUUCGUAAUAAGGAACAGGACAUAAUCUACAUUGGUAAAGCACAAAAUCUCCGUCGCAGAGUUAGCAGCUAUUCCCCCCCCUCCCCUGACAAUUAUUUUCAGCAACAAAUUUACUCAGUUAACACCAUUGUCACUAGCAAUGUCAAAGAAGCCUUAAUAUUAGAACAAAACUUGAUUAAAAGUCAUCAACCUCGCUUCAAUGUUUUACUAAAAGAUGGUCAUUUUUACCCCUAUUUAGAAAUCACCAACCAAGCAAAUCCUCGCUACCAAAUAGUGAGAAAAAUUAAACAAAAUAAUAAAAGUGAAUAUUUUGGACCCUUUCCUGACGGUAGCAAAGCUCGGGAGAUACUGCAAAUCCUCGAAAGAUUAUUCCCCUUGGCCAAGUGCAAAGGUAAUUUAGGAAAACCUUGUUUUUACUACACUAUCGGGCAAUGUUCGGGCCAUUGCUGGCAAAAAGUCCACCUAACUUAUUAUGAAAACAUCAAAAAAGAAGUUAGAAAAUUUUUUCGCGGACAAACCCGAGCAAUUAAAAAAAAAGUUAAAACCUCAAUUCAAAAAAACAUUAAUAAUUUAGCUUUUGAAAUUGCCCAAAAAGAGAAAAAAAUUUUAGACAACCUUGAUUUUUUCACUAGCAAACAGAAUGCCGAAUUUCCUGACCAACAAAACUGUGAUUUUUUGGGGAUUUAUUGUCAAGACAACAUCAUCUCUUUUUGUUUAUUAAUUUACCGUUAUGGCAAACUAAUUAGAAUCCCAGAAAUCCUUUAUAUUCCUGAACCAAUGCAAGUAAACAAAAAUCAAAUAUUAAAAGAGAUAAGCAAAUUUUUAUCCAUCCCUACUCCUUAUUAUUUCGAGUGUUUAGACAUCUCUAAUCUCUAUACUCAAGACAUAGUGGCCGGUUUUUUAGUCUUUAUUAAUGGUGAAAAGAAACUAAUUAGAAGUAAAUUAUACAAAUUAAACAAUCUCGAGCAAGAAAGUGACAUUGCCCGCGUAAAAAAAGCCUGUUUAAUCCACUAUCAAAAGUAUUCAUUAAAAAAUAUGCCUAACCUAAUAAUCGUGGAUGGAGGAAAAGAGCAAGUUAAAGCCGUACAAAAAGCAUUAAAGGAGUUAGGUUUGUUUACUAACACCAUUGGUCUAGCCAAAAACGAGAACCACCGCACCGAAAAAAUAAUUACUGAUACUUUAAAAGAAUUAGAGUUUGCCGUUCAUCCAGGUGAAAUAUUAAAAGACGAAUUAGACUAUCUAGCAAUUAGUCAAGCCGAAUUAGCGCGGGCUAUUAACGUCUCAACUCGACGAGUUAAUGAAAUUUGUCAAGGAAAACGCGGUAUCAGCACCGAUACAGCUUUACGCUUAGGAAUUUAUUUUGGAAUGGGUGAAAAAGGAGCUGAAUUUUGA